AUGAAAUUCUUUAUUGAGGACCUUCCGGUCAUUUUCCCAUACCCCCGAAUUUACCCUGAGCAGUAUGCUUAUAUGUGUGACAUCAAGAAGACUUUGGAUGUGGGAGGUAACUGUGUAUUGGAAAUGCCUUCCGGUACUGGGAAGACUGUUUCCUUACUUUCCUUAACCAUAGCCUAUCAAAUGCAUUAUCCUGAGCACAGAAAGAUUGUUUAUUGCUCUCGUACCAUGUCGGAAAUUGAAAAGGCCUUGAUUGAAUUGGAAUCAUUGAUGGAUUUCAGAGCCAAAGAGUUGGGUUAUGUAGAAGAGUUCAGAGGAUUAGGGUUGACAAGUAGAAAAAAUGUUUGCCUUCAUCCUACAAUUUCUAAAGAAAGAAAAGGUGCUGUCGUAGACGAGAAAUGUAGAAGAAUAACCAACGGCCAAUUGAAGCAGAGAAUAGAGUCUGGUCAGAUAUCUGAGAAUGAGCAGCAAUUCAACCCUGAAUCAAGUACCUUGUGUUCGUUCCAUGAGAAACUAAAUGAAAUGGAUCAGCAUGAAUUGAUCCCUGCUGGAGUUUAUUCAUUUGACGAGUUAACAAAAUACUGUAAGGAAAUAGGUACAUGUCCAUAUUUUACAGUCAGAAGAAUGAUCCCUUUCUGUAACAUCAUUAUUUAUUCAUAUCAUUAUCUUUUGGAUCCUAAGAUUGCCGAAAGAGUUUCUAGAGAGCUUUCCAAAGACAGUAUCAUUAUAUUUGAUGAAGCGCAUAAUAUAGAUAAUGUCUGUAUUGAAUCUUUAUCGCUAGAUUUGACUGACGAUACCAUGAAGAGAGCCACGAGAGGGGCUAACAAGUUGGAUCAUGCUAUCGAAGAUAUGAAGUUGAAGGAUAGCGCCAAGUUGCAGAAUGAGUAUGAAAAAUUGGUUGAAGGGUUAAGAGAAGCGGAAAUAGCCAGAGAUGAGGAAUUGUUUAUGAGUAACCCCACAUUGCCUCAGGAUCUAUUGGAAGAAGCAGUUCCAGGAAAUAUAAGGAAGGCCGAACACUUCAUAUCAUUUUUGAAACGAUUCAUAGAGUACUUGAAGACAAGGAUGAAGGUAUUACAUGUCAUCAGUGAAACACCACCAAGUUUUUUGCAGCAUUUGAAAGAAUUAACCUUUAUUGAUAGGAAACCUCUACGGUUCUGCUCCGAGCGAUUAUCAUUACUUGUCAGAACUUUGGAAUUAUCUGACAUUGAAGAUUUUGCUGCGCUAAAGGAUAUUGCGACAUUCGCCACUUUGGUCUCUACGUACGAGACUGGUUUCCAGUUGAUAUUGGAGCCAUUUGAAACUGAAGGCUCUACUGUUCCCAACCCCAUAUUACAUUUCACAUGUCUUGAUGCCUCAAUUGCAAUGAAACCUGUGUUCGAUAGAUUUUCUUCCGUCAUCAUUACUUCUGGUACCAUGUCCCCAUUGGAUAUGUACCCUAGAAUGCUUAAUUUCCAGACUGUGAUACAAGAAUCGUAUAGUAUGACGUUAGCAAGAAAGUCGUUCUUACCUAUGAUUGUAACUAAGGGAUCUGAUCAAGUCAAUAUUUCUUCCAAAUUCGAAACAAGAAACGACCCUUCAGUCGUCAGAAAUUAUGGGUCAUUACUUGUUGAGUUUUCCAAGGUCACUCCAGAUGGUAUGGUUGUUUUCUUUCCAUCUUACUUGUACAUGGAGCUGAUUAUAUCGAUGUGGCAGAAUAUGGGUGUGCUCGAUGAAGUAUGGAAGUAUAAGUUAAUCUUGGUGGAAACCCCAGAUGCUCAGGAAACAUCUGUUGCCUUGGAGACGUAUCGUAAGGCAUGUUCUAAUGGAAGAGGUGCAGUUUUAUUGUCAGUUGCGCGUGGUAAGGUUUCAGAAGGUAUUGAUUUUGAUCACCAAUAUGGUAGAACCGUACUAAUGAUUGGUAUCCCAUUUCAAUAUACGGAAUCCAGAAUUUUGAAAGCGAGAUUGGAGUUCUUAAGAGAUCACUAUCAGAUCAGAGAAAACGAUUUCUUAUCUUUCGAUGCCAUGAGACAUGCAGCGCAAUGUUUGGGUAGAGUCUUAAGAGGGAAAGAUGACUACGGAAUUAUGGUCUUGGCUGACUCGAGAUUUAGUACGAAGAAGAAACAGUUACCAAAAUGGAUUUCACAAGCUUUGUACCCUUCAGAUAUAAAUCUUUCUAGUGAUAUGGCGUUGGCAAAAGCAAAGAAGUUUUUGAGAAAUUUGGCACAGCCGACCAACCCUAAAGAUCAAGAGGGUGUUUCUGUUUGGAACUUGGCGCAAUUGGAACAAUUCCAAAAAGAGCAAAUUGCAAGAUUUGCUAUCCAGAGUGAAAAAGAAAAAGCAAAUAAAGACGAGUUUAUGGACAUUGACGAAGAUGAUUUUGAUCUAUUAUAA